CUAUGCGUACUCUGCACGUUGCGCUUGCUGUCGCUAUUGCCUAUGUGACGUUCGUUGCUUUCCCUGCUUCGUCAGAGGCACCACACAAGCUUCAACGGAACUUGACCGACACGUUCGAGCUCUUUGACAAGUUUCCUUACGUUGUACUUGUGUACAGUUCAGGCGAUGAUCCUGAAUUCCAAUGCCUGACCAACAAGCGAACUGAGCUAGAUAUGAAAGCUAAGAAAGCUACGUACGUUUGGAUGUUCAAAGGCCAUAACGGCCGUGAAAGAAAAAAUGUUGCCUUGCAUUUAUCCGCUGGUGAUGCACCGGACAGGGUUGUCUUCACCAUCAAUAACGACACGGAACACUCCAUGGUUGCCCACUUUGUGUACACGGACUAUAAAGACUGCGUCAUUGUGGAGAUUCCCUACGAUGGAGAUCAAUGCCAGCUCUGGGUUUCCAAGGAUGUGAAAGACGACGUUCCUCAGCACUGCUUAGAUCAACUGGAGGACAUUUGUGACGUCUCUGAGGAAGAGUACUCGAAAGAGCUCUGCCAGAAUGAGGUGGAUGACCCGUGAAGAGCAAUUUGCAGAAGAAAAACACUGUACCCGCAUGCAGUAUUAAAGCACACGAAAUUAUUCGUCUGAAUAAAA